AUGACAUCAGGGACACCUUGCGUGCUUACAUCUUCCUCGUUUCCUGGUCUUGUGUACGAUAAGAAAAAUGAAUUGAUUUAUGAUGGUGUUUCACAUUGGUCACACAACACAGCCCAUCUGAUGGGUCAAGUAAAAACGAUAGGGUUGCUUCUCUUGGAAAAAAAGGUUGUUGUUCGUGGAGAUAUUGCUGAAAUAACAUUAGGUAACGCAGUUAUUCUCCGCGAACAAUGUGUUUUGCGUCCGCCAUUGCGAUCCUUGUUAAAUCGAAGUGUAGCAGAAUCAACUCCUGUGAUAGUGGGUUCUAUGACAGUGAUUGGACGCCGUGUAGUCUCUGAGGCCCAAUCCGUUGGAAACUUUGUGCUUAUUGAAGAUGAGUGUGUGAUUUCUGAAUGGGUAGAAAUCCCUGAUGGUGUUUGGUUGCGUUCGGGAAGUAUCGUACCAUCUGGUGUAAGACUUGCGCCUUACGUUGUAUAUGAAGGACGACCGGCUCGCCCUAUAGCAAGUGUAGAUGCAGAGUUACACCAAAUCUUUAUGACUGAACGAGUAAAUGAAGUCUUUUCUGCUUUGAUGGCAUUAUCAUCUUAA